AACCGGUUAAAACCUAUACUCUAGCAAAUCAUUUCUGAAAGUCAGUCCGCUUUCCUUCCGGGCCGUCUCAUCUCAGAUAAUAUUUUGUUGGUGGCCGAGAUGGGGCAUUUUUUGCGUAGGAAGAGGAAACGCUUGACGGGUUGGGUGGGCUUGAAGUUGGAUAUGGCUAAAGCUUAUUAUUGUAUAGAGUGGCCAUUUCUGCGAACUAUGAUGGGAAAACUUGGCUUUGAUGAGGAAUGGAUCAACCUAGUUAUGUUAUGUGUCUCCACCGUUCGGUAUCAGAACAAGGUCAGUGAAUGUGUGCUCCACGGGAUUCGGGUUGCUAGAAGAGCUCCCCCAGUCUUGCACCUUCUUUUUGCGGAUGAUAGUCUUUUGUUUUUUAAGGCAACACUGGAGGAGGCUGUGGUGGUCAAGAGUUUCUUAUCGGAGUAUGAGAGGUUGUCCGGGCAGGUUGUUAACUAUAGAAAAUCCAGCAUUUGUUUUAGUUGCAACAUCCCCACUCUGACAAGAGACUUUUUAUCUCAAUUUUUUGAUGUGGAGCAAGCUUCCGAUUUUGGUAAAUAUCUAGGUCUCCCCCCUUUCCUGGGAAGAAAUAAAGCUGAUGUGUUUUCAUAUAUCCAUGAAAAGAUUCGUGUGCGGAUGAGUGGGUGGUCAAAGAAACUUCUCUCGAAGGCCGGAAAGGAAAUUCUGCUGAAGACAGUUGCGUUUUCAUUGCUUGAACUUCGUCUAGUCAUCGCGGGGUUUGGGCGAUCUGGAAAGCACGCAAUAAGGCGGUUUGGGAGAGGCAGUUCUCAAACGGGCGGCGAAAAUUUGUUAUGGAAGCUUCCCCUUCCACAGGCUUAUGGACCCGAAGACAUAGCAUUUGAUCCAAAAUCGGAAGGGCCCUAUACCGGCGUUGUAGAUGGUAGAAUUCUUAAAUAUGUCAAUGGCACAUUUGUGGAAUUUGCCACCACUUCACCUUUUAGGAGAAAAGAAGAAUGUGAGGUAAAAGGUUAUCCAAAGUUCCGAAUCGCGUGUGGAAGGCCCACGGGCCUCAACUUCGACCAACGCACAGGGGAGCUCUAUAUCUGCGACGUUUUAUAUGGGCUUUUAAAGGUCGGCCCAAAUGGUGGGCUGGCCACUCAGAUAGUGGCCGGCGUCAAUGGUCAAAACUUCAGCUUUCUAAACGCGGUGGAGAUAGAGAAGUCAACGGGGAAUUUGUAUUUCAUAGAUUCCGGCGCCAUAUUCCGCACAGUGGAAAAUCCAAGGAUUCUGGGGAGUGGAGACACAACAGGGAGGCUUUUAAAGUACGAGGCGACGACAGGUGAAGCAACAGUUGUUCUAGACGGGCUUUCGGGGCCCGGAGGAAUGGCCAUGAGCAGCGACCAAACAUUCCUUGUCAUCUCCGAGUACAUCUCGGGAAAGGUUGUCAAGUAUCACAUCAAAGGCCCGAAGGCGCAUACAACCGAGACACUACAACUCGAAAACGUCAAAGGGAACCCGGGAAAUGUGAAAAGGGCCAAGCCGGAGGGGUUUUGGAUGGCCAUGAACAUCUUUAAUGAGGAACCAAACCAACCAAGUAUUCCUACCAAAGAGUCCUUUGCGGUGAAGUUUGAUGAGAACGGAAAGGUUUUGGCUACUAGGAAAGUUAGCAUUCAUUUGCCAAACCUUUUGAGUGGGUAUUUGGAACAUGGUGGUAGAGCUUAUGCUGGAUCAAAUGCGUCGGACUUUCUUGGUGUGGGAGUCACCGAUCCCAAUGAUCACUUGGUCGCGUACCAAACCCACAUGUUGAUGCAUGACGUGGAGGACGAGAUCCAAUGUCGCCUCUUCGUAGGAACCUUGGAGGGGCCGGCCGUAAAAUGGUUCCUCACCCUUCCUAAUGGGACCAUUGAUUGCUUCAAAGAUCUUGCUCAACUUUUCCUCAAUGCCUAUGGAGGAAGGUUCCAGCCAAAGAAGCACUUCACCCAUCUUUUCUCCCUAAAGCAAAAGGAGGGAGAAACCAACACUGAGUUGGUACAAAGGUGGAAUGAGGCGAUCAAUGAGGUGGAGCCCAUGGACGAUAAGACUUCCAUCGCUCUAUUCAUGAGUGUUCUCAGAUCGGGGGAAUUGUUCAGAAGGUUAGAUUACGAUACCCCCACUUCUUACAAGUCUAUGAUGGCUAGGGUCAACAAGUUUUGUGCCACGGAAGAGUCGGACCGCCUAAAAGGAAAAGAUGAGGGAGCCUUGCACAAAGGUUCAGAAAAAGAAAAGAAAGGCGAAAAAACUAAGGCGACCACUCUCUCCAUCCCUACCCUUAAGCCGCUGGCUGCACCGGUGGCAGAAAUUAAGAGCAAGGAGGGGGGUGGACAGAAGAGGAAACGUGGAGACCAAAAAAGAAGGCAGUGGCCCUAUGACCUAGAAAAAUAUUGCAACUUCCAUAGAAGGCAUGGGCACGCCACCGAAGAAUGCCAAUUCUUCAAAAAGAUGGAAGGAGAGAUGAAGGAAAGGGAACCGAAUGCUAAUCGAGAACCAAAGCAAGGAGUUUGCUGCUGUAAUUUUCGAGGUCAGUUCGGGUUGUUUGUUUCAAUCUGUUCUCACGUGUUCUCUGGUCAGUUUUUUGGAUACUCAGAAGAGAUGAUGUCUGAGGACGGAAAGAUCAGGAUAGAGAAGUUUGAUGGGCAAGAUUUUGGAUGGUGGAAGAUGCAAGUCGAGGACUUGCUAUGUCAGAAAGAUCUUCUUCCAUGUUUGACAGGUCAGAAACCCGAGAAGAUGAAGGAUGAAGAAUGGGCUGACUUGGAUAGAAAAGCCCUAGCUGUCAUCAGGUGCACUUUGACAAAGAAUGUGGCUUUCAACAUCGUGAAAGAGACCACUGCUCGUGGGGUUAUGACAACGUUGUCAAACAUGUAUGAGAAACCUUCCGCGUCUAAUAAGGUAUUCUUGAUUAGACAAUUAAUUAACACUCGUAUGCGGGAAGGUGGUUCUGUUACUACUCAUAUCAAUGUUUUCAAUACCAUUAUAUCCCGUUUGCUUUUAGUAGAUAUCAAAUUUGAUGAUGAGGUACAAGCUUUGCUUCUUUUAUCUUCUUUACCGGAUAGUUGGUCAGGAUCAGUCACGGCUAUUAGUGGUUCAGCUGGAAACACCACACUCACGUUUGAGGGAAUCCGUGAUUUUAUCUUAGGAGAAGACAUCAGGAGAAAGAAUACAGGUGAACCAUCAAGUUCUCUGCUGAGCACUGAGGGAAGAGGUAGAAAGAAAGAGAGGAGAAACAGUUACAGGGGAAGAUCUAAGUCCAAAGGCAGGAGAGGGAUGAAACUUGCUAAAAAUCCUGUUUAUCAUGGCAAGACGAAGCACAUCGGGAUGAGUAGGGACGCCCAACCUCAACAACAAGUCCAGGAGAACCCGGAGGAAUUUCCCCAAGUAGGAGUCAUCUUUGGCGGUCCAGAAACGGGAGUCACAAGCAAGGAGAGGAAGGAAUGGGCCUGCAAGCUAUAUGUGGGGUCCAUUGACAUAGGCCAAGCGGUCAAGAAAGGAAGAAGGGAGCCCAUCAUCUUCUCAGACGAAGAUUUGCCGCUCAUUCCUAGCCCUCAUCGAACCCCCCUGGUAAUUUCUAUGGCUAUUCACAAAUUUUUUGUCAAGAGAAUAUUGGUGGACACUGGAAGCAGUGUCAAUGUGUUGUACUGGAAGGCGGCCCAACAAUUGGGAAUCAGGAAAGAAGAUCUCACAAGGCUUAACAUGCCCUUAUCCAGUUUCACUGGAGACAUAAUUGAACCGGAAGGGUCCAUUAAGCUGGACGUCAUCAUAGGCGAGCGUCCAAAGGUGAGGCAUAUGAGGAUGGAUUUUGUGGUAGUUGAUAUCAAGUGUGCUCACAACGCCAUCUUAGGGAGGCCUGGACUCGAGGACUUAGGAGGGGCGUUAUCCCUUGAGCACUUAUGCCUCAAAUUUAGGACUCCUGAAGGUGUUGGGAGAGCCCUUGGUGACCAGCCCGCAGCCAAGAAGGCCUAUCUAAGUGCCUGCAAGAGGAUAGAUAAAGAGAACCUCAACAUACAAACCAUUGGGCAAGCCUUAGAAGAUAAAGAAAGGAAAGAGGAGGACCGGGAGAGGCCUAAGCCGGCUGUGGAGGUGGAAGAAGUGAUGCUAUUCCCUGAGGGGGAUCCAGAGAAAGUCAUAAGGAUCGCAAGAAGGGUCAAGUCAUUGCAGAUUUCAUGGGAGAUUCAUUCAGAUGGAUCCUGCGCUAAGGACGAUUCAGGAGGAGGAGCGGUCCUCACCUCCCCCGAAGGCUUCAAGGCUUAUCAUUCCUUUAAGUUCACAUUUCGGGCCACCAACAACGAAGCGGAAUAUGAGGCCCUCAUUGGAGUAAUCCAGAUUGCCCUAUUCAUGAAGAUAAAGCACAUUUGUCUUAAAUCCGAUUCAAAACUGGCCAUCGGACAACUAAAAGGAGAAAUGGAAGCCAAGGAAGGAAGGUUGAAAAGAUACAGGGACUGUGCCAGGACUCUAGUUAGACAAUUUGAGUAUUAUGAACUCAUAUAUGUUCCAAGAGAGGAGAAUGAAGAAGCGGAUAUGCUUGCCAAAUUAUGUAGGACCAUUCCCAUCCACAUGGGGGGUAUGGUAACGCAGCACGAGAAGACUUGUCCUGUUUGGGAAGAGGCAGUCCCUGUCCUUGAGAUAUCCGGUCCAGGUACAACUUGGAUGAGCCCCCUGAUCACAUACCUUGAGAGGGGAGAGCUCCCUAUUGACCCCAAGGAGGCCCGCAGAGUUCAAUUGAUGGCUCCCAAGUAUCAAUUGGAUGAAGCGAAAUUGUAUAAAAGAACCUUGGGUGGACCGAUGCUCAAAUGUUUGAGUGAGAGAGAAGCAAGAAGAAUACUGGAGGAAGUACACCAAGGAGUUUGUUCUGCCCAUCAAGGUGCUCUCACUCUAGCAAGAAAGGUGAUACUCCAGGGGUUCUAUUGGCCCACUCUGAAGAAGGAUGCACUGGAAUUGGUGAGGAAAUGCCCAACUUGCUAAGCAUUUGCACCAAUCCCUGGACGCCCAUCCACCUUUUACACCCUUGUCACUACGGCCAUCCCUUUUGCUAGAUCGGGGUUAGAUUUGGUGGGUCCUUUCGUCCAAGGGGCUGGAAGGAAGAAAUUUGCCAUUGUGGC